AUUCAAUGCUACCCUCGCACCCUGCCUCCCUGCGCAUGCACGCAUGAAUCCUCCCGCACUCCCCCUGCUUUUGGCAUGGUGGGUCCGGUAGGCCCGUUUUUCACCCACCCCAGGCUCUAGACACUUUCUAGGAGCCUGGGGAGGGCAAAAAAGGCCUUCCCCACCCCCCCGGAGACCCUCCGGAGGCUGGAAACGACCUGGAAGGCCUGAAAAUCAGCUGGCCGGUGCACACGUGCGCACUGGAGCUGAGCUAGGGCAACACUCGUGUGCUCACAGACAUGGCUCCACAUGCCACUUGUGGCAUGCAUGGCAUCGCCAUCUCGGUCCUAGUCUCUUGGUAGGAUCUGUGCAGCAGUGUCCGUGCACCACAGCGGCAGAGAGGACAAGAACCGAGGCGAAUGGGGAGACGGACUCAGCCUUUCUGCCUUAAUUGUGCUCCUGGCAGUGAUCCCUGUGAGCAGCAAAGGAGACCCCUCCCUUCAAACAGGCAGCGCUCAGCAUGGCUGCUGCUGCUGCUCGGAGCAGCACCCCACCUCCUCCUCCAGAAAAAGGUGGCCCAGCCCAAAGAAGGGGAGCAGUCCAGCUCCUCCAACAGAAAGGCAGCGGCCCUUAUGCUGGGGCGUCAUCUUGGCAUGGAGGAACAGAAGCCGCGCCUGCCAGCGUUACUGCCCAUGGAGCAACCUGGAUGGUCCUACCUGCUCAGCCGGCCCGGCCCCACCCCCUGGCCUGCAGCCAACGGGAAGCUGCUCCACCCUCCAUUCAGCGUCUCGGUUGUCACAAGUUGAGAGAGGAUCCCAGCUGUUGCCAGCCUUCCUGUUGGCAACCAUUUGGGUCAGGCCACUCAGCCGCAGAGCAGAGGGCCGUGGCGCACGCGAGGCAGCAGCCCUUCCCGGGCAGGAGUUUCACGCUAGGCGAGAUGGAAGCCUGCCAUGUCUCACGGGCAACUUUGGACCCAAGAAGCAGAAGGCAGCAGCUGCUGAGCCACUUCUGGACUGCCUUACCUUGAAGCUGGGAGCAAGACGGGGAUGGGGACAAUCCCCUCAGAUUCGGCCCUUGUGGGGACAGAACCGGUCGUUCUGGUUCACCCCGAGAAGGAGGUGUCUGAGUUCAGGGCUGCACCCUCCUUGGGCAACUUUCGGCAAGGCCUGCUGCAAGAAGAGUGGACUAAUCCCCAGUUUAUAGAGGAUGGCAGUGAGGGCAAAGGGCCCAGGACUGGGCCAGCAGCAGAUGACCCCUCUGGAUCCAGGGAGGAGGAGGAGGAGGAGGAGGAGGAGGAGAAGCUAAGCAUCGCUUCCCCCGUUUGGCAUCCAAAAGGAGGUCUGUAUGAGCUGGGAGUGGAUGCUGGAAGGUCUCCUGUGACUGAAGAGGCCUAUGGCCCAGCUGGGCUUGCAACACUUGGGCAGGAGGAGGAGAAGAGCCGCCUGUCAGGAAAUGUGCCCCAGCUGCCUUUGGGGGAAGAGGAGGAGGAGGAGGAAAUGGAAGAGGUUUGCCUGCUGGGGAGCAAAGCGCUGGGCCCGGGCAGGGGUGCCCAGGGGGCCCUGGUGCAAUCCUGCUGCAUCGAAGCCGAGGACCCUGUCGGGGGGGACGAGCAGGAGUGCCCCAUCUGCACAGAGCUCUACGACCAAGACCAGCGCAAGCCGGCCUUGCUCAACUGCAGCCACGCGCUCUGCAGCCAGUGCCUGCAGGCCAUCCUUCAGGCGGGCAGCGCGGCCGACAUUGGCCGCGUGCGAUGCCCCAUCUGCCGCCAGAAGACGCCCAUGAUGGAGUGGGAGAUCUGCAAGCUGCAAGAGGAGCUGCUCCUGCUGAGUGCUGGCCAGGGUCCGGCACCCCCCGCCUUCAGUCCGCUGCCACCCCGGCAGCCCGGGUUCUGGGGGGGCCUGGAGCACCACUUCCACGUCCGCUUCCACACCAGCCGCGUGAUGGGCUUCUUCCCCUGCCUCCGCUAUCCCGCCUGCCUGGUGGGCGGCCUGGCGGAGCUGGAGCGCCGAUGCCCCUGGUGCUACCGGACGGCUCUCUUGGCUCUGGCUGUGGCGGAGAUGCUGAGCCUCUUGCUGGUCUUCCUGCCCAUCCUUCUGCUGCUGCUGCUCUUCCUCAUCCUGGACAAGUAGGGCUCCCGAUGGCCUGGCUCGGCUCCCGGGGGCUGUGAGGGAGGGAGG